CAGUCUAACGUAAAGGGGGGGGGGUGUCGAUGUUACUGGGGUGACGUCAAAAGCGGGGAGCCGCGGCGCCGCUGUGAGCGCAGAGCAGGACAAGCAGAACCACCAGCCGUGCCAAGGUGCGCGCUCUCUCUCUAUCACUCUCUCUCCUCAAACUCCUUCGCGAGCGAGAGGAGCUGAACCGGGAGCCGAGCGGGAGCGGAAGCUGCGCGGGGCAUGAUGAACAACAGGUCUCUGACUCCGCGGCUCGCCGGGGCCGGAACCGUGGACCACGAGCUCGUCAUCACCUCCACCUUCGGAACCCUGCUGUCCGUGGUCUACAUCAUCGGCGUGUCCGGGAACGUGUACACGCUCGUGGUGAUGUGCCACUCCAUCCGCUUCGCCACCUCCAUGUACAUCUCCAUCAUCAACCUGGCGCUCGCGGACCUGCUGUACCUGUCCACCAUCCCCUUCGUGGUGUCCACCUACUUCCUGAAGGACUGGUACUUCGGCGACGUGGGCUGCCGCAUCCUCCUCAGCCUGGACCUCCUCACCAUGCACGCGAGCAUCUUCACGCUCACCGUCAUGUGCACUGAGCGCUACCUGGCCGUGACGCAGCCGCUGGACACGGUGCGGCGCUCCAAGAGCUACCGCAAGGCUCUGGCGUGGGGCGUGUGGCUGCUGUCGCUCGUGCUCACCGUGCCCAUGAUGGUCAUGGUGGCGCAGACGACCAAGAAGACGUCGGACGGCGGCGUGAAGAGGAUGUGCGCGCCCACGUGGGCUCCCCUGGCGUACAAGGUGUACGUGACGGUGCUGUUCGGCACCAGCAUCAUGGCGCCGGGCCUCGUCAUCGGCUACCUGUACGUGCGCCUGGCGCGCACCUACCUGGAGUCGCAGCGCAACGCGGCCAUCAGCAGCGGCGGCGGCAGACGGUCCCCGAAGCAGAAGGUGCUCAUCAUGAUCUUCACCAUCGUGCUGGUGUUCUGGGCCUGCUUCCUGCCCUUCUGGAUCUGGCAGCUGCUGCCGCUGUACCACGCCGAACCGCUGAGCCUGACCUCGCAGACGCACACGUGCAUCAACUACCUGGUGGCGAGCCUGACGUACUCCAACAGCUGCAUCAACCCGUUCCUCUACACGCUGCUCACCAAGAACUACCGGGAGUACCUGAAGAACAGGCACCGGAGCUUCUACAAGUACACGUCCUCGUUCAAGCAGCGGCCGCCCAGCCUGCACUCCUGGGGAAAGUCGGCGUCCUCCAGCAACCAGUACGAGUUCAACUCCGAGACGCUGGUGAUGGGGACGCUCAGGUGACUUCUUUCUUGGAGGAGGGGAGGCGGGGAAAGGCUCCUAGA